AGCCGCCCCGUGGAGUAUAAGAAGAGAGCCAGAUACAUCGCGGAAGUGGAAACGGUCUGGUCUCUCGGCAGUUUACUGUACAGGAUGCUUGUGGGACGUGAGCCUUACUGGGAUGAAGAUGGAAAGGCCACUGAGACGCUCAUCUUUGAGUACACUGCACGCAAAGCUCCACCCACCCAAAAGGAGAAGCAUUUGUUUAAACCGACAAGUUAAAGGUCUGAUGAGGAAGAAACAGACGACAACGAACCUGGAUGAAAGGUUUAGUUUAUCCGGAGAAUGCCAGGAUUUAUUAAGCCGCUGCUUGAAUCUCAGUGAAGUCCACAGAGCGACUCUUCAGCAGAUUCUGGAACAUGAGUGGUUUCAAGUUCAACUUGAGCCCAAACCGCCGUGUCCAUUACCUCAACACAAAGCCCUUCCCACACCUCAUGGAUUUACUGGACAGUAUGAAAAAGGAGAGUCACUAAAGUUUGGCAGAAUGUGGAGCUGUACUAGGAAAGUUGAUGGCCAGAACUUCAUCAUGAAACAUUCUGAACACUCAGGUUUCGACCCACGUGUUUUCUUGGCUGAUUAUAACAGGUGCAUGGAUACUGAAGUGGGUCUAAAUGUGGUGAUGAAACGGAUUCCGAGUAGCCACGGCGUUUUACUGAUGGAGAGCGCCGUUAAAGACACAUUAGGAGGACACAUCUUGGUUUUUAGACACCCGGGUCCCUGCAAGUCCUUAAAAAAGUUCCUUAAAUGCAAGGGAGGUCGUGUGAGUGAACACAUGGCCCGUGAAUUCAUGGUUCAAGCAGCGAUGGCAGUGAAAGACUGCAUUGACCGGGGCGUGUAUCAUGAGGACAUCACUUUGGGCAACUUCCUGGUGAACACGGAGACGCGGCAGCUGCUGUUACAUAACUUCAGCAAAGGGCAGCUCGUCGACACCGAAUACGACAGCAGCCUGUACAGAGGUAAAGCCCUCCCUGUGGAAUUCAAGAAGAGAGAGAGAUAUUUGGCAGAAGCGUCAGUCGUCAGUGCUCUCGGCUGUAUGCUGUACACCAUGGUGAACGGAGGUCGACCCCGUGUGACUAAGCGUGGUUGUGGAACAGAUAAGCUGACUUUUCGUAGCAGUUUAUCCACAGAAUGCCAGGAUUUAAUCAUCCGCUGCUUGAAUCAGAAAGUCAUCCACAGGGCAACAAUACAGGAGCUUUUGGAGCACGAAUGGUUUCAGGUCGACCUGCCGGAUCACAGAGAAGAGUCAGGGUUUUUUGUUCAACUUCGUAAAUGGCAAGGACGAAUGAUGUGAAGAUAAAGAUGCGCUGAUGAAGCCGCCCUCAUAUGCCCUGCGGUGGAAAAAGCAACCAUUUACGUACCGGCUGGCAUGGAUCGGCACGGAGUGGAACGAUUUAGCAACGAGAACGAUUCGGCGUGAUGAUGGAAAAGCGCUCAAAGUGGUGAUGUACACUGUUUACGUCAUUCUGUACUACACUUUUGUACGCAGAAUAACAUUUCUCUCUUGUGAGUGAACUGAACUGUGAAUUAUAUCACCGAGUGAACCCCUAUUGAUGGAACAGUGAACGAACUUGUGGCAAAAGGAUUCAUAUGCCUUCACUCGAAGUUGUGAACUUUUUAACUUGUGAAUCUUCGCAUGGAAAGAGGACGACUAUUCUUCUUCUCCCUUGGAUUUUGAAUCGGUGCUUUGUUAUCUAGCAAAAAUAAAUAAAAGCUGAAGAGUUUAAAAUGGGUGAAAGAAACAAACUUAGUUUUUUUCUGUCAAUGUUUCACGUUCAUUUAUGCUUGAACAAACUACUGCCAGUAAUACUGUAAUAUCUACAGAAAUGUUUAACAGUAUAGGUCUGUGUGAGUUUUAUUCAUUUAUUUAAGAGACGUUAGUCAGUCAUAAUUUUAUCAGCCAGUAAUGGCUCGGGACUGAUUGGGACUGACUAACGUAGCAAAAAUGUGUCGUCUUGCUUUUUCUUUGUGUGAUUUCCAGUAGCUGUGAAUUUAGCUUUGUUUGAAUUCUUUCUAAAAGGUUGAUUGAGGUGCUGGUGACUGAUGUUCCUCCAGCACUGGCAGGUGCAGUGGCACCAAUGCCUUCCACCGGCAUGACCCCACAACCACCAGCUGUGGCAGAGACUGAGGAGACCGAG